AUGAAACUUCGUCGAUCGAGCGCCGAAGGAGAGAUCGUUGAUGAAGAAUUGAGCAAAUUACUUAAAUUCACGAUUGCUUUUCACUUGAGCUCAUUCAUUUGCCUUUCAUUGCAAGCGACAAUAAUACAAUUCCAAAGCUCAGUAGCAGAGUUGGACACAUCACAGGUUCAAGUGAUGAGUGCGUGCAGUGUUCUACGUGAGACCGAAUGGUACAUCAGUAGUGCUACAGUAUAA